GUCCUUGCCUCAUGGUAUUCGAUCAGAUUUAGCAGAUAUCUGUUUAUUUACCAAAGAUGAACCUAAUUUAACUCCCGAACAGACAGAACGUUUUUAUAAGAAGCUUUUGAACAAGCAUGGAGUUAAAACCAUUUCUCAGAUUAUCCCCCUCCGAACUUUAAAAAAGGAAUAUAAAGCCUAUGAAGCUAAGCUCCGCCUCUUGGGUAGUUUCGACUUCUUCAUUACAGACGCCAGAAUCAGGCGGCUCUUACCCUCACACCUCGGGAGACAUUUCUACAACAGAAAGAGAGUUCCAGUACCUGUAAACCUUCAGGCCAAGAAUUUAUCCAGAGAGAUCAGUGACUGUGUAGGGGGAACUGUCUUAAACAUCUCUAAAAGUGGUUCUUGCAGUACCAUCCGCAUCGGUCACACUGGGAUGCAAGUUCAGCACAUCGUGGAAAACGUUGUUGCCGUCACAGAAAGGCUGUCACAGAAACUGCCGGAGAAGUGGGAGAGCGUGAAGCUCUUGUACGUGAAGACUGAGAGGUCGGUUUCUCUGCCUGUCUUUUCUUCAUUUGUCAGCAGUCGUGGUGAAGCCAGGGGACUGCGCACACAAAGUCAGAAGAAAAAGGUUAGUAGAAGUUCACAUCCCAGGCAGGCGUAA